CUUGCACGCACACGCCGAAACCCACUUUGGCGGCGUCCUGCACGUAGCGAAGCUCCAAGCCAGCAAGUAACCAAGCUUCAACGAACGCGGGCCCCUUGCGCUAGACCAUCCUUGCCAACCAGAUUGCGUCACAGCUUCGCGACGCCAGAUCAAUCUUUGCUGCCGUCUUUCUGCAUCUUGGGCUGCUUUUGAGUUGACGCCAGCAAUUGCGUACCCAGCGUCUGGCUCUCUCCAUCAGCGUUGAUGGCGAACACGCCAGCUUGCAUCUAACCGAUCCUCGUUCAUCAUCAACAGACCUACGACACGCGACACGGCGCUUUGUGCAAUCUCGUCAGAGCCUUCAUCAUGGCUGACUUUGAACGAAGCGUCCUCGAGUUCUACCAGCUGCCAACGGCGUUUCCCUCCGAAUGGCCCCCCGAAAAGGAUGCCAACGAUGCCCUUGCCGAGGGUGCUGACCCCAGCGGUCAGAGUAGGCGAAAGUCACGAUAUCUAGCUCUCGAGACGGCCCUCAACGAACGACGCAGUCUUCUUGCAGGACCCGAUGGCAAUAGCAUUGGCAGUAUAGUUCAAAAGGAUGAGCCGGAUCCCCUCGGCUCGUCUGACAGCGUCGUCCGCAGCUUGAAACAGAUGGGACUUCCUAUCAAAGACGAUCCGCGCCUCCGCAAUCGAUUCCUUCUCUCCUCGACAACCUUUUCGCCCGGUCUCUUCUUGUCCCAGAUGCAUGCCAACGCCGAUACCCGAAGCUUGUUACAGGGCCUUGACGUCCUGUCCCAUUCGAUUGAUCAAAAGUCAGCGUCGCUCAAGGUUCUUGUCGAAAGCAACUUUGAACGCUUCGUCAAAGCCAAAGCUACAAUUGAUAACGUCUACAAGGAAAUGAAGUACCGUGGCGAGCAGCCUCAAGGACCAUCGCACUCUCGACACGCUAGUAGAUCCAGCGUUCGACAGAGCACCGGUGCCAGGCCAUCGAUCGGCAACCCGCUCUCUCUCUCAGCAGCCGACAGCCGCAAGAAGAAUGCACUCAUCAAAGAAAGUGAAUAUGGUGUGAUGGGCAUCAAGGCACCUCUUCUUGAUGUAUCAGCAAAAGCCGAAGACGUCUGGGGCCCAGCCUUGGGUGGAAGAGAAAAGGAGGAGCAUCUCAAAGUAGUGUCCAACCACCUGCAUCGCUUCAAAGAAUACGUUGACUUGAGCGGCACCGUAGCCGACAGUAUCAAGAGAAAGGAUUACGAAGGACUGGUAGAAGCCUAUAACCGAGCUCGAAAGUUUGCUGGAGAAGCCAAAGACAUCGCUGCCCGGUUGAAUGGCGCACCACCUGACGACGACGCCCUAUACCAGAUUCUCUUAGCCGGCCGAACAUGGCAUGACGUGAACCAGCAAGUUGAACUAUUCAAGAAGAGCAUCUGGAAGAAACUGUCUACAGUCAACUCGCUUUCCAAAUCGGAAAACGCGGCUACUGGCAGAGCGCAGGACCAGCACAUUGAGCUGAUUAGCCUGCUCUUCGAAUUGGGGGUCCAAGAUAACCCCAUUUGGGUCUGGCUCCUCAGCCGCUACGAAUAUCUUAAGAGCAAAAUCCAAGCUGUCGGAGAGCGUCAGCGUCUCGAAAUUGAAGUCCUUCGUCGUCGACUGGCAAGCAAGGAGAAGCCGACACCAAAAGCCAUAGCAUCGCAUUUGAAGCAUCUUGGCCGUCAGGCUGCCGACCGAAAACCAGCCGUGGAUGAUGAGCCUGAAGUCAUUGAGCUGUGGGAAAAGAUUUCCACUUUCCUUCACACGUUUGUGUCUCAGCAGGGCCUCCUGGGCGAGUUGCUGGAGUUUUGGCAAAUCUCACAAGGUUUCAUUGAUGGUAAAACACAACGCACCCUUCCUAUUGGGCAUCAAGGCGAAUCCCAGAAGCAUCACAAGCUCACGCCUCAGAUGGUAGGAGAUUUGGAAAAGGGUGCCAUCGAACUGGUAGACCUCAUGCGAGAACAUCUCUUCACCUUCUUUGCUGGUAUGCCUCCAGAAGAUAUCUCUUCACUAUUGUCACCGCUGUCGCCAAGCUCUCCGGGUGUUCGAGCAAGCAUAGGGGAAGCGCUGUCCCCUACGCUUAGAGACCCAAGAUUCAACUUUGACCAGACCAACCCUCCUCCACCGUCCCCUAAGAAGGGCGAGUCAUGGGAGAAGUUUGCCUUUUGGCCCCCAUGGUCGAAUUCCAUCAGUGGUGUCCACUACCUUGCAAAGCUACUCGCACUGGUAGGCUCAAGCGCCUCUGACAUGGCCAGCAUUGGUCCUGUCGCAGUUGGUUCUAGCCCGGUUCUUGAACGCUUAAAGGCUCUGGUCGGAACGUCCAGAGAACGUUGCGUAACAGCUCUCUGUGCUGCAUGGAACCGAGACGCCGAGAAUAUUAGACAUGUGGAAGACUGGCAGCGAUCUACCGAUUCGGGCGACGUAACGCGCAUGCCGGCGAGUUUUGCAGCCUUUGAAGAUGCACUUUUGUCCGGCAUGCAAAAGAUCCUAUACGUUUCUGAAGCAACGGCCCAGCAGGAGUCCCCUGAUAUUGUCUUGCCUCCUCCGACCAAGCUGCUUCAAAUGGUCCGCAGCCAGUAUGUCACAACGCUGUACAAGGCGCUGUCUGGCAUGGUUGAAAAUGCAGAGCGUUCCCUCAAGAAGUCCCAAGAUGAAUGGUCUGUCAGUGAGGAUACAGUGGCCAUGAACGCGCUCAACGGAACACUGCAAAAGCAAACAGUCAACGCAGGUGAUAGAAAUGUCCGAAUGCUUCUCACCCUUAACAACUUGUCGUAUCUUAGAUCCCAGGUUGUGCCUGGAUUGAACUCUCGCUUCGAAAACGCCUUUUCAGUCAAACUCACAGACGAAUCAAAGACAAUCAAAGAUGUUCUCGGUCAGAUCGACGCCAGACUCUUCCAAUCAUACACCAAGCAGCCUAUUGAAGCGCUACGACGUAUCAUUCAAGCAGGACUCAAGUCGUCGGAUUGGGCACCACCGCCCGGAACUCGCCCAGCUGCUGCAAAGCCCUACGUCUACGAGGCUCUACUUUCUCUAGUGCUUGUCCAUUCCCAAGUAUCGACGACUACUCCAUCACUCACUCCUCAGGUUCUCUCCUUCUUGCUUGAACAAACAUCUCAGCAGCUGCUAGAAGCCUUCAAGUCGAAACAUAAAUACACCCUGGAGGCUUUGAUGCAAGCUACAUUGGACGUGGAGUUUGUUGCUCAAACUCUCAGCCAAUACACAACCGAUAAGGGCUCGGAGCUGCAGAGCCAGAUAUACCAGGAGUUGGACGGAAGAACGGACAACGAUGCCCGUGCUCGUUUGCAAAGCGAGCUGCCUGAGAUGCGCAGUGUCUUAAAGAAGCUGCGUGAAGCUAGCAAAAAUGAAUUCGCAUGCUUCAAGAAGCCUCGUCGACAAGGAGGCGGCUCGACAAAGCCUGAUCCUCCCACACCGUCGGCAUAGUAUUAUCACUUGUUUUAGUUACGACAUAAUGAUGACAAAUUUCAAAUACAUUACAUUACUCUCUGGAGUGAAUACGUCUGCCUGUUCUUCCUAAUCGUUAUAGCCGCAAUUUGCAGCUGGCCGUUGAAGCGUGUGCCUAAGACUCCUCCAUCCGAAAUACACUGUAACUUUUUUGUUUCCGCUUGCCAAUCCAUUUAAUUCAUCCUAUCAUUAAUAAUUCAAAGUCGUGAAAGAGAAAAACGUAGCUUUGUCGUCACGGUCAUUGCGUAUUAGGAAGCAAGAUGUGCGAGCAAAACAUGAGCUCAAGUGAGCGCGAGUCGGCCGGGGAGAACUGGGAUCCCUUCUGUCGCUCUUCUAUCGUAUC